UAUAUCGAUUCCCACACGCAAAAGAACACAGAUAUCAACAGAGAAAGUUCUGAUCUUGUUCCCUUCUUCCGUUCCCUCUACACAACUCAAUCUUUCCUCUCUCCCUCUAUCUCAGUACACAGAUAUAUAUAUAUAUAUAGAGAGAGAGAGAGGGGAGGGAGUCUGCUUUAUUGCUCUCUUUGUUCUUGAGAAUUCCAUCCGGGCCGUCUUUUUCUCCUUCCAAGAUUUCAUUCAAGGAUAUUUCAAUGUGUUUCUGCUGCAAAUUUUCAUCAGUCUUGUUAUGCAAUAGAGAAAAGUUUGUGCCUUUGGUGAAAUUUUGUUAAAAACUGUGAAAUAGUGGAGUUUUGUAGCUUUUAGAAAGAGUAAAGAUCGAAAAUUUGAGGGGUGGUUGUGUUGUAUGGGGAAUAAAUUGGGGAGGAGGCGGCAGGUGGUGGAUGAGAAGUACACUAAGCCUCAGGGGUUGUACCAACACAAAGAUGUGGAUCAGAAGAAGCUUAGGAAGCUGAUUCUUGACUCAAAGCUUGCACCUUGUUAUCCUGGUGAUGAUGAUUGUGGCUGUGAUCUUGAGGAAUGUCCCAUUUGCUUCUUGUACUAUCCAAGUCUUAAUCGGUCAAGAUGUUGCAUGAAAGGCAUUUGUACCGAGUGCUUUUUGCAAAUGAAGACUCCAAAUUCUACCCGACCCACACAGUGUCCUUUCUGCAAAACAUCAAACUAUGCUGUGGAAUAUCGAGGUGUUAAGACAAAGGAGGAGAAAGGCUUGGAGCAACUUGAAGAACAACGAGUUAUAGAAGCCAAAAUAAGGAUGAGACAACAAGAACUUCUGGAUGAAGAGGAAAGGAUGUUGAAACGGAGAGAAUUCAGUUCUUCGAGCAGUAUGAGAGGACCAACUGAGGUUGAUUAUUGCUCGACUAGAGCACCGUCUUUUGCUUCUGCUGUAGAAUCUGAAGAAAUUGUUGCCUCACACGAGCCCGAUGUUACCCCGACAAUGAGACUGCCUCCACGCCAAAGGCAAAAUAGGGACGACGAGUUUGACCUUGAUCUUGAGGACAUAAUGGUUAUGGAAGCCAUUUGGUUGUCUAUUCAGGAAAAUGGCAAACACCAAGAACUACCCAAUAGCAAUGCAGCCCAAUCAGAAGAAUACAUGUUAGAAGAUCGCAGCUCCUUAGCAAUAACUGGAUCAUCGUCGGCAUUUCCUUCUGGUGGACUGGCCUGUGCAAUAGCGGCCCUUGCUGAACGUCAACAGAUGAGUGGAGAGACAUCUAAUAACUAUGGUGGUGACGUGUCUAUGUAUAACAUGCCUGGCUAUAGCAGGUAUUCCAAUGGGGAUGAGCAAGAAUCUGAAAAUUAUUUUCCGGCACAGAGUGCCUUAGUGGUAUCACCUGAUAGCCCCUUGGCAAUGACUGGGGAAGCCAGAGAAUGGGUUGAUCAUAGAUCCGAGGUAGCUGAACUAGGAACUAGCUAUGGAGGGUCCGAUGAAUUUGACAAUGCUAUAAACCCUGCUGCACUCCCUCAGCAAGAUGAAAAUCAGUGCAGCCUUCAACCUGUCACCGGCCAGAUUAUCCCCGAGAGUUUUGAGGAGCAGAUGAUGCUGGCCAUGGCUGUUUCCCUUGCCGAGGCUCGAGCCAGGACUAGUACUCCAGGAGUGGCUUGGCACUAGCUCUUGAUACAAGUUUCAACGUCUUAGGUACCUCAUGCAGAGUGGCUUGUUUAUGUUGAAUCGCCGUUGAUGGUGAGCGUUAAUUCCUCAUACCUAGGGAAGAAAAUGUCAUCCUCAGUAAGAAUCACCAAUGUCGAUCACAGUUGAGGCCUCAAUAGAGUGGACAAAAUCGCAUUGCGCCAGUUUUGUUCUAAAGGCCUUUCUAUUCAAGCAUCAGUUAGGACACAAUGCCACCACCAGUUGCUCUUAUUACAACGUUAAGGAUGGAAGAAUGCCGUCCCUCAGUAUUAGUAUCAGGUCAGCGCAACGGAUGUACAUAUACAUACAAAUGCUUCGUUUCUAGACUCUCUGUCAAAAGAGAACGCCAUUUGUGGAACGAAUUAUGUGAAAUCUAUUCCUCAUCUUUGCUCGUUUUUGCACUUUACCAAGGAAUGCAGCAUUGAAUUCUCAUCUCGACUUCUUACAUGCUAGUAGUUUUAACUGAUUCCAUAUGGAA